UCAAGUCUUUUUAAGAAAAGAAGUCUUAUUUAUAAAUUAAAACCCUUAGUUUAGUUCAGUAGAUCCAAAUCCGAUCCAUACAUCAAUCUCAUGGCUUCAAAGAAACCAAGAGAUCGAGAAAUGGUAGCAGUAGUAGAAUCCGUCUACUCACUCGUCCCGCUUCUAUUCAUACUCGUCGCCUGCGUCGACCUCUGCGACGCCGCCACCGUCGUCGACGUAUACCGUCUCAUUCAAUACGACAUCUCCGGCGUGCCCUUUGGAUCUCGCCUCGCCUCUCUCAACCACCACGCCAGCUCCUUACACUUCGCUCCCGGUUCUGAUCUUUCUCGUUCCGUGGUCAUCAUGCCUAUUCUUGAAAUCAAUUUCACUUCCCUUACCGAGUAUAUUACUAAAAGAAUUCCGUUAGGAGGAUUGUUGAUUUUGCUUCCUGAAAGCCUUAACUUCCAAAAUGUCAGAGGAGAAGCUGUGUCUGCUGAUUCUCAGUCUCAAUCACAUGACAUGGAGAUGGUUACAGCUGUAUUAACUUCACUUGAUCGCUUACUUAAACAUUCCAACAUACCUUUUCCGACGUAUUUCGCAUUCGAGAAUGAUGACAUUGAUAUGGUAUUGGCGGAUGUCAAGAGGAAUGAUAUUUCCGGUCAACCUGCUACUGCUACUACUGGCGGGUAUAAGCUUGUUGUCUCAGCAUCAGAGCCCAAGAAAAUUGCAUCUCCCACCAUUACAAAUAUUCAGGGAUGGUUGCCAGGUUUAAAAGUGGAUGGAGAGUCAAACCAACUUCCAACCAUUGCUAUUGUAGCUUCAUAUGAUACAUUUGGAACUGCUCCUGCAUUAUCGGUAGGAAGUGAUAGCAAUGGAAGUGGCGUUGUGGCUCUUCUUGAAGUUGCUAGGUUAUUUUCUCUUCUUUAUUCAAAUCCAAAGACAAGAGGAAGAUACAAUUUACUUUUUGGGCUAACAUCAGGUGGACCUUAUAACUACAACGGAACUCAAAAGUGGCUUCGGAGCUUUGAUCAACGCAUGCGUGAGAGCAUCGACUAUGCUAUUUGCUUGAAUAGUAUUGGUGCAUGGGAUAAUGAACUGUGGAUUCAUGUGUCUAAGCCUCCUGAAAAUGCCUAUAUCAAGCAAAUUUUUGAAGGCCUCUCAAGUGUUGCGAAGGAGCUAGGCAUUGAAGUUGGUUUGAAGCACAAGAAAAUCAAUAUUUCAAAUCCAAGAGUAGCUUGGGAGCACGAACAGUUUUCAAGGCUGAGGGUCACUGCUGCCACCCUUUCUGAACUCUCUGUUGCACCUGAAAUGUUGGAAAGCUUUGGAGGUCUAUCAGAUUUAAGGUAUUUAGUAAAUGAAACUGCGAUUGUCAGAAGUAUCAAGUUAGUUGCUGAGAGUAUUGCGAGGCAUGUCUAUGAUCAUCAAGGGAAGAACAUAAAUAUCUUUGCAGAUGACAGUAGUUUGGCUGUCAAUCCAUCUUACAUACGUUCAUGGUUGGAUCUUUUGUCACAAACACCACGAGUAGCACCAUUUUUAUCAAAGAAUGAUGCAUUGGUGAUGGCAUUGAAAAAGGAACUAGAGAAUCAUGCUCAAGAAGUAAAUGUACAGCAUGAAGUGCUCGAUGGAAUAUUCACAUUCUAUGGCUCGACUAGUGCUAAGCUAAACAUAUAUCAGGUUGCUAGUGUAACAUUUGACUUGUUGUUGCUUCUGGUGCUGGGAUCAUAUUUGGUAGUGCUUUUCAGCUUUCUCGUCAUCACAACGAGGGGUCUUGAUGAUCUUAUAAGCUUAUUUCGACGACCUGCCUCUCGCAAGGUGAAAAUGGCUUGAUAAAUGAAGAGAUGUAUUAUGUACUGAAGAUGCAUCAGUAGCUUGAAGUUUGUCCCUGCCACGAAGAAGUUUGUUGGGGAUAACUUGGACUGUAUUGUUGAUUAGUUCAGAAUGGCUAGGAAUUAUUUAAAUUUUGGUUCUAGGAAGAUAUAUUACAACUCUAGUUGCCCGAAUGAGAACAAUAAUUUAGAUAACCGCGAGCAAAUUUUGAUUAAUUUACAUAUUUUAAGUGAAAAACUGUUGUUAGCAUUUCUUUGUAAGGAUAAAGGUGUAUUUUUAAGACCAUGGUAAUGAGUUGCUCCAUUUUUCAAUUACUA